AUGGACAGAGGCAGCCACCGGAAUGCUUCUCCAGCGAGGACACUUCCUCCUCAGACUUCCCCAGCAAGGACAUCUCCAGCAAGGACACCUCCUCAGGCUUCCCCGGCAAGGACAUCUCCAGCAAGGACACCUCCUCAGGCUUCCCCGGCAAGGACAUCUCCAGCAAGGACACCUCCUCAGGCUUCCCCAGCAAGGACAUCUCCUCAGGCUUCCCCGGCCCGGGCAUCUCCAGUCCGGGUGUCUCCAGCCAGGGUGCCACCUUCCAGGUCAUCGUCGGGCAGGUCAGCCUCCACGACAUCCUCCCCAACGAGAGUGUACCUUGUUAGAGCAACACCAGUGGGGGCUGUCCCCAUCCGGGCAUCUCCUGCCAGGUCAGCACCAGCCACCAGGGCCACCAGGGAGAGCCCAGGUCUCAGUGUCCCCAAGUUCUCCUGGCAGGAGACCCAGAGACAGCUGCCACUCAUCGGGUGUGUCCUCCUCCUCAUCAGCCUGGUGAUCUCACUCAUCCUUCUCUUCUACUUCUGGCGAGGCCACACCGGGAUCAAGUACAAAGAGCCACUGGAGAGUUGCCCCAACCACGCAGUUCGCUGUGAUGGAGUGGUGGACUGCAAAAUGAAGAGUGAUGAGCUGGGCUGUGUCAGGUUCGACUGGGACAAGUCCCUCCUGAAAGUCUACUCUGGCUCUUCUGGUGAGUGGCUUCCUGUCUGCAGCAGCAGCUGGAACGACACCGACUCCAAGAGGACCUGCCAGCAGCUGGGCUUUGGCAGCGCUUACCGAACAACUGAGGUGGCCCACAGGGACGUCACCAGCAGCUUCUUACUCUCCGAAUACAACACCACCAUCCAGGAAAGCCUCUACAGGUCGCAAUGUCCUUCCCGGCGGUAUGUCUCCCUCCAGUGUUCUCACUGUGGCCUGAGAGCUAUGACCGGGCGGAUCGUGGGAGGGGCUCUGACCUCGGAGAGCAAGUGGCCCUGGCAAGUUAGCCUGCACUUUGGCACCACCCACAUCUGCGGGGGCACACUCAUCGAUGCCCAGUGGGUGCUCACCGCUGCCCACUGUUUCUUUGUGACCCGGGAGAAGAUUCUGGAGGGGUGGAAGGUAUACGCAGGCACCAGCAACUUGCACCAUCUGCCUGAGGCUGCCUCUAUCUCCCAGAUCAUCAUCAACGGCAACUACACGGAUGAACAGGAUGACUAUGACAUCGCCCUCAUAAGGCUGUCCAAGCCCUUGACCCUGUCAGCUCACAUCCACCCUGCCUGCCUCCCUAUGCAUGGUCAGACCUUCGGCCUCAAUGAGACCUGCUGGAUCACUGGCUUUGGCAAAACCAAGGAGACGGAUGAGAAGACAUCUCCCUUCCUCCGAGAGGUUCAGGUCAACCUCAUCGACUUCAAGAAGUGCAAUGACUACUCGGUCUAUGACAGUUACCUUACCCCAAGGAUGAUGUGUGCCGGGGACCUUCGAGGAGGGAGGGACUCCUGCCAGGGAGACAGUGGAGGACCUCUCGUCUGUGAGCAGAAUAAUCGCUGGUACCUGGCAGGUGUCACCAGUUGGGGCACAGGCUGUGGCCAGAGAAACAAGCCUGGUGUGUACACCAAAGUGACGGAAGUGCUUCCCUGGAUUUAUAGAAAGAUGGAGAGUGAGGUUCGCUUCCGGAAAUCUUAACCAUGCCCUCCUCACAUUGCUGACUGCUAUGAAGAUCCCGGCCAAAGGUACUGGCCAUUUGCCGCUUCAGGACCAGUGACCACCAGGCACCUUUGUUCCUUCCACCUCUGCUGUCUGCUGUCUCUGUGAGAGUGUGCAUGUGUGUUUGCAUCGUGUGUGUGUCUGUGUGUGUGUGUGUGCGCGUGUUACUAUUACAAGUUCUUCAGAAAACGGGAAAACUCAACUCUUCUCAGAACCCCAGGCCGGAAAUCUGGAGUUAGGAGUUUGGGCACCAGGUGUGUUCCUAAGAGUCCACAAGUGAAGGUGAUGCCGAGAAUGAGCCCAGGAAGGGCUUGGAACGUGACAACAGCAGUUGUCGCUCUCAACAGCAGUUUGUCGCUCUUCUGACUCUGACUCUGACUUGAAGACCAGCCCGGAUUGGUCAGAUACCCAGCAGCCAGCGACACCAUUGCUGUGCUGGGACAGCAGCAGACUUCAUCAGGGGCUGUCUUGUCAGUGCCCAGACCAUCUGUCCCCGGUGGAAAGCCAUGCCCGUCUGUGCUGCCAGCAUCCGGACCUCUCGGCCGCUUGCAGCUGCUGGGGUUCCAGAGCUGGGCUCUGCUGUAGCUGUCCAUCUCUGCAUCUCUGGGCGAUGACUGUGACUCGGGCUUGCUGUACUUUUGGUCACAAGCUGUUGGGAUGGAUUUUAUUUUUAUAUUUAAAAUAUAGAAAUAGAUGUAACUUUAAGGAGUCUCCAAAAAAUCCUAGGGACCUUGGGAGUUUUUUUUUACAUGAAUGACUUUAUGAACUCCAGGGGACCCAUGGGAAUUGUAGCAUCCUAUGAUAUAUUACUGGCUUCAUAAAAUCAGGUGAAGUGCCUUGAUGAAAUCCUCAGGACAGACACCUCCAGAUCAGUGUAGAGAAUAGGGACCUUUGAAAUACUCAGGGAAGAAAACCCUCGUUUGGGUUGACAGGUAAAUCCAGCACAUACUGAUCUAGCCUCCAAGGACUAUAGGCAGCCAGAAAAAAUGAAGAUAUGUGUGCUGCCCUGGCUUGCCUCCUGGGACCUCCGGGGAGUCUACGAAUACAGCAUUGUUUACACCCAAGGGCUGACUGUGAAGUUUGCUUCUGUCACCCUUCAUCUUAAGCUUUGUACUGACUCAACAGGCCAUGAAGAGAACGCAAUAACUGUCCUCAGAACCUCGAAACAGCCCUUCUGGGCAGCCUAAGAUGGCUGUGCUCCUGCUCUUCCCUGGGCCUUUUCUCUUGGUCACCUGUUGCUCCUUAGCUCCAAUCUCUUCGACCUUCCUUGGGCCUACCGGACCUCUUGGGAUACUGUGUCUCAGAGGCAAGUUCAAAAAGAUCAGACCAGCUCAGGACAGCUCAGACAAGCUGGAGGUAGCCGGAGUGGUUGGGCAGCAUCAGACAGGGCUGAAACACGAGGGAAUCUCUUCAAGGCUGGGAAGGAAGUGGGCAGCAUCCAUGUCUGCAGAAGAUCCCAGCAAUGAGCUUCCACAAUAAACACCUGUGGUGUGAAGAAGUUGUUGGGUGCUUUAUG